CUCAGCUUCUCUGCUCUUUUGUAUCUUGAUCGUUUCUCUCAGUCUCAUACUCUCAGCCCUUCUCUAGAUUUCCGACCUUGGAUUGGGGUACCAUGACGUUGUUUUUGUAGAUAAACUUCCAGGACUUGUCUUGCAUGCAGCGUAGAGCUUCGUUUCUGCUGUGUGUGAAGCACACCGUUUUCGUGGACUUGAUUGCAUCGGAUACAUGUACGUCCAUCAACAACAUGUCGUUACAUUUUGCUACCUCCUUACGUGGAUUUCAAGCAUGCAGAGCUCCGAUCUCGUUUUCUAGCCCGUACAAUAUUGCAAUACGAAGAAAAACGGAUUCUAAACAACGGAACCACUAUGAAACGCUGGGUGUCUCCGCCAAAGCAACGCCAAAAGAAAUCAAAGCCGCCUUCUUCGCCCUAUCUAAAAAGCAUCAUCCGGACCUGAAUUCUGGCAACGCGGAGAAGUUCGUUGAGAUCAAGGAAGCCUACACGCUGCUCAUGAAUGAGAAGAAACGCCGUGAAUACGACCUGAAUAUAGAGCGGCCGUUUGCGACCCGCGAAACAUACUCAAGCCAUCCGCCUCACCGGGCGACAGGCAACAGGACUGGCAGACCAACGGGCGGUCAAGUUCGGCGCCCGCUUCGUACGCGUAUGGGCGGGGAGGAUGUCUCCGGCUCAGGACAGUUCACAGGCUUCGAAAGCGAUGAGAAGCGCUGGAGAGCGUACCGCGCCGCACGGGAAAUGCGCCGGAACGCCGAGGGCGAUGCGCCGCACUUCGCCGAAUGGCAGAGAGAGCAGGAAGUAGAAGGAUGGAGACGAGUAAUUCCGAACAAUCCAUACGCCCAGCAGCAGAGAAGCUUCAAUCAGAGCAAAGUCCAGGCCACUCGUACUGCCGGCCUUCUUCUGGCAGUGGUCGUCUUCUUCUCUUUCUUUAUGGCGAUGGGCAAGUCAGCGCCCAGCGAAGACACCAAGAAGAGUCAAGCUAGCACUGCGUCGCCAAUACCAGACUAUCACCCUCGCCCACCGGGUGCGGACUCAUCACAGGCAAAGGGCACCGCGCUCAGCCUGCGGCAGCUCAACGAGGAGCGUCGUAUUCAGGAACUCCAACGGGAGAAGCUGCGGAUUGAAAUGCUGCUGAAGGCCAGCACUGAGAGUAACCCAGUGACCGUACCAAAGGACAUUUAGUGCUCUGUCAUACGUGUCCCCGUUGCGUUGGCUGCUCUGUCACACGUGUCCCCGUUGCGUUGGCUGCCUAUUCCGCACGUACACAUUGUAGACACCUACCCUGUUGUUUUAUUUAUUCUGAAGCUGUUAUUUACCAGCGUAUUUCAACAGAUAUCUGCUUCUGCUGCCCCUGCUGCCCCUGCUGGUCUUUCAACAUCAGUGUAUGUUAGUUUGUGUACAUAGUGCAUGCUACAUGUGUCCUCCAUUGUCCAUUGACGUAUGUAGUACCUGUGUGUACCUGUGUGUAGCUGUGUGUAUGUAUGGUACCAUGAUGGACUACAAUAGUACGGUCAUCCCUCCUUGCUUUCUACUGCUCUCGCUGUCCCUUGUCAAUGCCCCCCCCCCCCCCCUGCCUGGGCGGAGGGCAGCAGUCCCAUACGCGCGCUGGUCUCGUGCACAUGUUCUCUUGUUUUAUACCGGUAAUUAGGUUUUGACUCUGCUGCUACAUGUCCGUGCUAUCUAUGUGUUGCCUUGAGAAUAGCUAGUUGUAUAGAAUGCUGCCAUAUUUGUUUAUUACCCUUCUUCUGCCUUGGCUGUGCAUGUACAUGAUUGUACUGAGCUGGAGUUAUUUUCACUGCUGCAAUCUUACCCAAGGUGUACUGUACUUCAAGUACUAUUCAUGAACAACAGUAUUUCGAACUACAUGAGA